UUUUUAUCGCUUCACGGCUGCGAAUCACAACCACCACAGGCCCAUCCUCACUAAAAACAGUAAAAUAGUGAGGAAAACAAUAAAAUAUUAUUUAAAUGACGAAAUAAUUGAUGAACGAAAAGAGAAUGAGAUCUUAAUACCACAUCUCGGUCCAAGUCAGUACAAAACAGUUUUUCUUUCUCCUCUUUCACCAUCACCAUCAACCGGAGCUUCAACGCCGCACUACGUCGUUUCCAGCCUGCCGCCAUGGCUCUGAAGUCCUUCAUCGAAGUUCACCCAGACUCUCACUUCCCCAUACAGAAUCUUCCAUAUGGGGUGUUCAGGCCCGGACCGGGUUCAACUCCUCGACCGGGCGUCGCAAUCGGCGACUACGUCAUCGACCUCUCCGAAAUCGCCUCCGCCGGUCUGUUCGAUGGUCCGAUCCUCAAGAACUUCUCCGAUUGUUUUCACCAGCCUAAUCUGAACAAGUUUUUGGCACUGGGAAAGCCUGCGUGGAAGGAAGCUCGAAGCACUCUGCAAAAGCUAUUGUCAUCUACUGAACCAACUUUGCGUGAUAAUGCAAUUUUGAGGGAGAAAGCACUGGUUCCAUUGAACAAGAUCGAAUUGCUUCUUCCUAUUGCCAUUGGGGACUACACGGAUUUCUUCUCCUCCAUGCAUCAUGCAAAGAAUUGUGGAACUAUAUUUCGCGGACCUGAGAACCCAAUUCCACAAAACUGGUUUCACCUUCCCAUUGCAUAUCAUGGACGAGCAUCAUCUGUUGUUAUCUCUGGGACAGACAUUAUUCGACCAAGAGGUCAAGGCCAUCCAAGCAAAAACUCUCCACCAUAUUUUGGUCCAUCAUUGAAGCUGGACUAUGAGCUGGAAAUGGCUGCUGUAGUUGGUCCAGGAAACGAACUAGGGAGGCCUGUGGAUGUUAAUGAGGCAGCAGAUCAUAUCUUUGGACUUGUGUUGAUGAAUGACUGGAGUGCUAGAGAUAUUCAGGCAUGGGAAUAUGUUCCUCUUGGGCCUUUCCUUGGAAAAAGUUUUGGUACUACAAUAUCUCCUUGGAUUGUGACACUAGAAGCUCUAGAGCCUUUUUCUUGUGAUGCUCCUGUACAGGAUCCCAAUCCAUUGCCUUAUCUGGCUGAGAAGAAAUCCCAAAAUUAUGACAUUUCUUUAGAGGCUCAUAUUAAACCUGCUGGAGCAAAAGAUUCAAGUGUGGUCACAAGGAGUAAUUUCAAGCACUUAUAUUGGACGCUGACUCAACAGCUAGCACAUCACACUAUAAAUGGUUGCAACUUAAGGCCCGGAGACCUCCUAGGAACAGGGACCAUCAGUGGACCUGAGCCAGAGUCUUAUGGAUGCUUACUGGAGUUGACAUGGAAUGGACAGAAGCCACUGUCAUUAAAUGGGACAGGACGUAAAUUCCUAGAGGAUGGAGAUGAAGUUAUCAUCACUGGUUAUUGCAAGGGUAAUGGAUAUAACGUAGGGUUCGGGACUUGCUCGGGGAAGAUUGUUCCUCCACUCCCUUGAGGUUGUUGUUGUUAUGGUGUCACUUUUAAUUGAGUAUGCAGGAGGCCGAAGCCAGUAUCUGGUGUGAUUCGUUUUGCAUGUGGACCUUGUGUAUCCUUAAUAAACUCAAAUUUGCUUAAUAAAUGGUCGCACUGUUUACUGAACCGUCGUUUAUUAGGUGGCUAGGGCUU